AUGCCACCUAAAAGGAGGAAAUUUUUGGGACGGCUCACGGAAGCUGCCUCCGCUGCUAGAGCAGCGAGAGCGAGUGAAACCCCUGAACAGACUUCUUUGCGCCUUUCACGGAUGGCCCCGAGCUCAGCUGCUCGCUUAUCUACGGAAAGCGCCGCUGCGCGGACUGAAAGGUUAACUUCAGCGGCUUCAACCAUGUCCGCACGCCGCAUCAGGCUUGCAUUUGAAGAACGUUUACUUCAGAAUUCACAGGACGCAGUCCGCGUGGCUAGGUUGAGGGUUUCACUGUCCCCAGCACAGAAAACCCUUCGUCGUUUGCGGGUUGCCAACGCCAAAGCUUGCGCCAGGGGUUUAGAAAGCCCCGAAAAAACAACUUCACGUCAUCUUAGGAAUAUUAGGGCUACAGCCGCCUCUAGAGCUUCAAAUACCCUAUCCACCGCGUCUGACAGAGCCCUAGAUAGCUCUGCACAAACCACUGUUCGUCGCGUUAGAAAUGCUCGCUCUACUGCGUCUGCCAGAGCCCUAGAAAGCUCUGCACAAAUCACUGUUCGUCGCGUUAGAAAUGCCCAUUCUACUGCGUCUGCCAGGGAAGCAGAAAACCCUGAUGUACGCCGACAACGGCUCGAAAACAUAAGCCAACUUCGAGAUUCUUUGAAUGGCGUAACUUCGCCGUCUGCGUCAUUUUGGUCAAAUGCCGCAUACAAUUAUGACUGCACUAUCAACUAUUCCGCUAGGAGAGACGUACAAAUAGGGGCCAUGGAUAAAGUUUGCACUUUUUGCAACGCAAAAAAGUGGGCCGACGAGCAACCUGGGCUUUGUUGCUCUGGGGACAAAAUCAAACUCCCUUCUUUAGACGAACCUCCCCAACCGCUUAGAGACCUCCUUCUGGGUACAACUUCGGAGUCAACGCAUUUUCUUGAAGCAAUACGGAAGUACAACAGUUGCUUCCAGAUGACGUCUUUUGGUGCGAAGGGAGAGCCACCUCAGUUCCUACAAAUUUACUUUCUCGCAGACUACAACGAGCAGGUUGAUGCGCGUCUCGGCAUUCUGCCUAGCGAUAUUUCCAUCGGUCCCCGUAGAGACAUUCUGUUCCAUCUACAAGACAUGCUUCAUAAAACUAACAGUUACAUCCGAAGCUUAAAGUUUGCGUUGCAAAACAACUCUUCGCCCUCUUUCGGCGUUGUCAUCGAUGCAGAAAGACGGCCUCACGGUGAGCAUGAGCGUCGCUUCAAUGCUCCUGCAUGUAAUGAAGUCGCCGCAGUCAUCCACGGUGAGGAGCAUAACAGCCGUGACAUUGUCAUAAGGUACCGGGGCUGUGGUCUGCGCCGCAUCAGUGAAACCCAGCGUUCAUAUGACUGUCUCCAGUACCCCCACUUCUUUUUCCAUACGGAAGCGAUGUGUACCACUUCAAAAUCCCAAUAUACCAGGCAAGUAGCGAUUCCAUGUCUACCUCAAAGACGGCCUCCCGUAGGGCUUACUACGCCUACAUGUUUAUGUGGCCCCACUUGCGCAAAGGGUUACCCCCGUAAGUUUAUAACACAAACGCAGACUGCGACGGAUGGUUACCCACUGUACAGACGUAGAAGCUCCGCUGAUGGCGGCAGAACUGUGACAGUUAAGGGGAACACUCUGGACAAUCGUUCGGUGUUGCCUUAUUGCCCGCUGCUGUCCAAGACUUUUGGAGCCCACAUAAACGUUGAAUACUGCCACUCGGUUAAGUCAAUAAAGUACAUCUGCAAGUACGUUUAUAAAGGCAGCGGUGCUGCCAUUUUUGGUAUCCGUCGCGACAAUUGCUACCUCAGCAGUAGGGAGGACUUUUGGCAAAUUUUCUGA